ACCUUCCGUGCUGCCCUGCGAGACUAUGGAAUGGAGGUCGCCAAUCUUUGGCUCACCAGCAGCAUCUCGGCCAAAAUGCUCCUUAUGGCCAUCGGACUGUUGGCAUUGUUGCUUUGGGGGCCAAGCGGCGUAUUUCUCACGAAAAUAGGCCGAUAUGUCUAGGGCACAGUAGUCCAGAUGUGGGGUCAAGGAUACCAUAACGUCUUAUUUGAUUUUCGCCCGAUUUGACUGUAUGUUUAAUAUGUGCUUCGAUGCGUGUUACAAUAUUGUAGACACUGAAAGACAAUCAAUCCAUUCAUAAUCAAUGACGCAGUGUAUUCACAUCCGACCUAGCAAGAAUGGGGGUCCUGACGGUGACUUUCCCCUAAGCUUCUUAGACACAUAUUUUAUGCCUAUCGAUCUUAUUCUCGUACUCCGAGGCAACCUGGAUCGAGACCGCUUUUGCCAAUCAUUAUCUGAAACCCUGUCUUUUUACUACCCAGUAUGUGGCCGUUUUCAACGGCCCUCCCAAACCACGCAAGGAGAGCUGAGACUACAACUCUACAACUCCGUCCCGAUCUUCUGGCUCCCAGAUUCAAAGUCUGCUUUUCGCCGCUACAACUGGAAAUCCUUUGUGAAAAGUGUUUCUACCAGCAGAAUUAUCAAGGGCCAAGGCACACCAUUGCUACAAGUGACAGUGACGCAUUUACCAGAUACGUCGCAGUCAGUCAUAGGUGUGAGUUUCUGUCAUCUUCUAGGAGAUGCGUCAUCUCUCUGCUCCUUUCUUAAGGCAUGGUCGGACAUAUACACCACUGGUACGAUGCUGAACAGUCCUCCGGCUCUGGAGCGAAUAAGGUUCUCCACCGAAGCAGUAGCUAUACCGACGCCAGUUGACAAAAUCCCACAACGACUGCCGCGCCGCUCACAGCGAUUUGCCCCGAAAAUGUUAAGCAAAGUUAAGGCAUACGGUCCGCUGGCUUACGCAGUCGUCUUUAAAACGCUUGAAUACGCAAGAUUCCGCAUAUCAUCAAGUGACCUAGCCAUACUAUCAGAGAAGGUGCAGUCUCGACUAUUGCCAGCAACCUGUUCAACUCAAGACGCCUUCAAGGCAUAUCUUCUGAAGGCCCUGAAUCGUUUUGUCUACAAUGGUCUCACAGCCCUCCCACGCAUUACUCGUAUAGUCACAAUUGUAGAUGCAAGGAAGGUGCGCGAAGUAUCCAAGACAUAUUUCGGGAAUUGCAUUACUGCUGUAGAUACACCGUAUCUACCAGCAUCGAAGUCACUAGCUGAGAUAGCUCUCGCGGUUAGAGACGGGAUCCUAUCGUUAUCACCAGAGGCUCUGAGAGCAGGGGAUGACUGGAUCCAGGCGAUCCAGUCGGCCAACGGUCUGAUGAUGCUCACUCCUGCAUUUGACCCGGAUACCUUGUAUGUCAACGACUGGACGAAAAUUUCAGUGGAAUCAGUAGAUUUUGGCCUCCACCAAGAUUUGUUUUGUCAGCCAUUGGAGGUGGAAAAUUUACCAGUUAGGAACUGGUGUAUGAUUUACCGCGCAAACGACCACCAAGGGAGUGACGACUUGAGGUUCGCAUAUGAGGCUCAAGUAGCGGUACCAAGAGGCAAGGCAACUUCCUUGGUGGAGGGGGUUACAUCAGAUAUAGAUGAAGGAUUUGCAGAGUAUUUCUGGUGAAGAUGAAGUUUUGUCGGCUCGCAUGGCUAACGAGCGCACAAAAGGCUGACUAGAGCAGAAACUACGUCUCGGCCAUUAAAGGAGAGAGCCCCAGGGCUCCUUGUUUACUGUAGCAGCCAGUACUGUAUCUUAUCACCUGACGCCCGGCCGUACCUGGUAC